CUUGGAGGAGGGUUUGCGGGGCGUUGAAGAGGGGCUGAUGUCCACCUGUCUGUGGGUUCUGUGUGCGCAGGCGAAGUUGACGAUGGCGCUGGUGAAGCAGAUCUUGCAGUCUCUCACGAGGCACUUCACCGAUGAAGGUCCUCACGGCAAGGACCCUGAAAAGGGGUCGAGGCACUGGCUGUGCAACUACUGCGAGACGCAGUUCGUUGGCACGAAGUCAGUCCUCAAGAGGCACUUCCUGACGAAGUGCAGUAUGGAGCUUGUGACUCGUGCAUUGACAGCGGAGGAGAGGGUGACCAGAAUUGAGGGCAUCCGGCUGGGGAAACACCAGGCCAGUCUGAUCGAAGGCGCAACUGGUGGAAGUGGUGGUCCGAGCACAGGACCGUCUUCUAGCAGUUUCGUGCCUCCAGCAUCAUCAGCACAGAGGUCGAGUGAUGGUGAGACGUCCUCGCCUGCAGGAUCGGAGACAUGCUUCCCUCCUGCCCCUGGAGGUGGUCGACGGUCGGUGAGGCAGACUGUGCUCGAGGAGGCGGACAGUAUCGUCACUCAGAACGAGCAGACGAGUCGGAAGAUGGAUCGGUGGCUGAUUUGCACGAAUCAGCCAUUCAGUAUGGUGGAAAACUACUACUUCCUUGACUUCCUCGAUGCCGUGAAGAAGUGCCAUCCCAGCUGGCGGCCUUGCAAGAGGGACAAAAUGAGGACAAAAAGGUUGGACGGGCAGUACAAGUUGGUGGGGGAAGACACGCGGUCACUGGUCAAGAGGUGGGAGAGAACAGGGUGCAUGCUCCAAAUGGACGGGUGGUCGGACCGGCGGAACAAACCGCACCUGAACGUCAUGGUGUCUUCCCCGGUCGGAUCUGUGUUUUGGAAGUCGGUGUGCAUGGAGGGGAGGGAGAAGGACUCGAAAGCGUACUUCAAGUUGUUGGAUGGGGUGAUCCAGGAGAUCGGCGCAGGGUCCAUUGUCGGCGUUGUGAUGGACAAUGCGAGGUUGGUGAGGGCGGAGCAGGUGGCGGCAUUCAACGCCGUCACCCACAUCAUCAUGGACACGAACGACUUCUGGAAGGUUGUGGAUAAGGCCAUUGCGGUGAUGGAGCCAGUUGUCAAGCUCCUUCGUUUGGUGGACGGUCCAGGGGCAACAAUGAGCAAAGUGUAUUUCGGCAUGGAUGCGGUUGUGGCAAGAAUGCGCACGCUGGACUGCCUGUCAGAGGCCGAGAAGGCGGAUGUGGAGAAGAUUUUGAUGGACCGGUGGGCGUUCAUGACAUCAGAACUGCAUUGCGUGGCCACCUUCCUCGACCCCGAGUACAGGACGCACACCAUGCGAGACACGGAGAUUCGCGAAGGGUUCAACAUUUGGCUUUACUCGUGGGUGCCACCGGAGUUGCUGCGGGGAGAAAUCAGCAGACAGAACGCAAGGGACCAGGCGAGUUCGAAGACUCCGGCGCUAUGGUGGGAGGCGUUCGGGGGGUCUUUGGACCUCCUCCAACCGCAGGAGAUCAAACUCCUUGGGCAGGCGAGCUCGUCGGCUGCGUGCGAGCAAAAUUGGAGCUUGCACCAGCUCAUUUUCGGCCAACGCCGCACGAAGAUGUUGCCGAAGAGAUUGAACAAGCUGGUGUACAACAAUUGGAAUAUCCAAUUGUCGACGCGAAGAGAGCGAGGGGACGGGGAAAACGUGCACAUCCCGUGGAAGGACGAUGAGAUGGCAAGCAUGGAGGUGGAUGAGUGGUACGACGAAUGGGCUGCACGGGUUAGGGAAGGGACAGCCGACGAUGUUGCUGCGACGGAGGUCCGUGCGGAUGAUUUCGGUGAUGCCCCGCUAGAGCGCACAUGGCUGCGGAACAAUGAGGAGGAGAACUUCGCGGAUGACGAAGACAAUAUCGCCGCACUUGGUUCGAUGGAGAGAACAUGGCACGCGAACACGAAGCCCGGGAAGCACCGGAUGCGGGAGCUGCGCAUGAAGUCUGGUGUUCAAGAGCCCGAACCCGGGUUCGUGUACACGUUGGAGGGUCGUGACCGUGCAAUGAAGGCACGUCAAACCGGCGAAUGGGUGCAGGGGAGGGAGGAAGUGUCGGGGCGCGGGCGGCGCAAGAAGAAGGCAACGGCAUCGGACGUUGCUGAGGAACAGCCGGUUCAGAAACGAAAGAGGAAGGUCGCGGAGGAGGAUGCAGCACCAAAAAAGAAGAGAGGGCGGCCUCCGCUUUCGCCCGCGAACAAGGCUGCAAAUGCAGCAGCACGUGCAGAGGCCGCAAGGGCUGCGGCAGCCGAGGUGGGAAGGCCUUCGAGGAAGAGAAUGGCCGAGGUGAUCGAGGAUGACGAAGAAAAUCCGGGUCCCAGCCGGAAAAAGCAGUCUUCUUCAUCCUCGUCAUCGUCGUCCGAAGACAGUUCACCACGGGAGGAGGAGGAAACGUCCCAGCAAUCGGACGAUAGUGGAGAGGCGGACGACGAUGAGUCGGAUGAGGACAAGUCGCAGGCGGAGUCAGACGGGGAAGAACAGUCCGGGGAGGAGGACGAGUAGACAUUUGUGAAUUAGUAUAGUGAGGGUAGUGUGUCCUUGCGCGCUUUUGUGCUCCUGAAAUAACAAACUUUGCAAACUCCG